AUGUUGAACCGCUACUGGAACUUCUAUCAAAUCACUGUACUCCCGCAAUCCAUUGAUCGUAGCAAGCUGAUCCAUGUCUACGGCAAUGGAUGUCAGGAAGACCCCAUCGGUGCGUUCUGGGAUACUAUCGAUAGCCUCAAUGUCUCGUCUACUGUCGAUCUCUAUGGUCUUGAGAUUCACGUCUUGCCGGUUUCUUACCCCCCUGAGCCCACUACCUGGGAACGUGCCAAGGCUCGUGGAAAGAAGAUUAUUAAGAAUCUGAAGGUUGAUAAGAAGUCCCGUAAGUUUAAACCUUCUGUUUAUGAAUAA